AUGAAGACGAAUAUCCUGUCCAUUGCCACAGCUCUAACGCUGGGAGCCUCUACUGUGUGGGGAAGCCCUUCCAGCACCGUAAAGCGUGACAGCAUCACCCCCAUCACUGUCAAGGGCAACGCAUUUUUCAAAGGCAACGACCGAUUCUAUAUUCGUGGCGUGGACUAUCAGCCUGGUGGAUCUUCUAAGCUCGCUGACCCAAUCGCUGAUGCUGAUGGAUGCAAGCGCGACAUCAAAAAUUUCAAGGAUUUGGGCCUCAACACAAUUCGCGUAUACUCGGUAGACAACUCAAUGAACCACGAUGAGUGUAUGCAAGCUCUGGCGGAUGCAGGAAUCUACUUGGUCCUUGAUGUCAACACUCCCAAGUAUGCCAUCAACCGUGCCGACCCUCAAAAGUCAUACAACGAUGUGUACCUCCAGUACAUCUUUGCGACCGUUGAGAUGUUCGCCAAAUAUGAUAACACACUAGCUUUCUUCUCUGGUAAUGAGGUUAUCAACAGCGGUAACUCUUCUUCGGCUGCGCCUUACGUCAAAGCUGUCACUCGCGAUCUUCGCUCAUUUUUGCGAGCCCGCAAGUUGCGUCACGUCCCAGUUGGAUACUCAGCUGCCGAUAUCGAUACCAACCGACUUGAAAUGGCGCAAUACAUGAACUGUGGAACUGACGACGAGCGCAGCGACUUCUUUGCUUUCAACGACUACUCUUGGUGCGACCCAUCCUCUUUUAGUGUGUCCGGCUGGGAUCAAAAGGUCAAGAAUUUCACUGGAUAUGGUCUCCCUCUUUUCCUUUCGGAGUACGGUUGCAACACAAAUACUCGCAAAUUCGAGGAGGUCAGCUCCUUGUAUUCCACCGACAUGACUGGUGUCUACUCCGGUGGCUUGGUUUACGAGUACUCCCAGGAGUCCAGCAACUACGGAUUGGUAAAGGUUAACGGCAACAAUGUUAAAGAGCUCCCCGACUACGACGCCCUGAAGACUGCCUUUUCCAAGACGGACAACCCGGAAGGUGAUGGAGACUACAACAAGACCGGUGGCGCGAAUGCUUGUCCUCCCAAGGCUGCACCCAACUGGGAUGUCAGCAGUGAUUCCCUGCCAGCCAUGCCAGCUCCUGCCAAGAAGUAUCUGACUGAAGGUGCUGGAAAGGGCAAGGGGUUCGAUGGUGAUGGUAGCAUGGAGGCAGGCACUGAAUCUACUACCACUGCUACAUCAGGAUCCGGAGAGGUCUCUGGUGCUACCUCCACAUCUACCAGUUCCAGCUCCAAAGGUGCUGCCCCAGGUAUCAAGGUUCCACAGCUGCCAAUGACAUCUGUAGUUGUUGGUUUGGUGACAAUUAUGUCGACUCUCUUUGGCGCUAGCCUUAUUCUUCUGUAA